CGAUCUAAGAGUAAACAAAAAAUUUUUACUUUAUAUUGUAAAAGAUGCUUACAACUUUGUUUCUAAGAAAGAAAAAGAUGAAAGCAAGUUAACAAUAUGUAAUAUUAACAAUAUACCAGGAUUAGAAGGAAACUUUACUACGCUCAAGAUAGUAAAUGAUGAUAUGCCCUUCUUAGUUGACUCUAUUAUAGCUAAUAUUAAAUCACAUAAUUUAACUAUAUGCUAUUAUAGCAAUAGCAUCAUUAAUUUAAAAAGAAAAAGCGGUCUGAUUGAAGGUAUUUGCCCCUUAGAAGAAAGUUAUGAUAGCACAAAAGAGUCAGUUAUAUACCUAAUCAUCAAAGGCAUAAGUGACAGCUUUGUUAAUACACUAAGAGAAUCUCUACGAAGAACACUGAAAGCGGUUAAUUACUCCGUUAAAGAUUGGAAACUAAUGCUGAAGAAGGUUGAUGAAUUAAAAGAUCAAUCUCUUGCAUCUAGUUUGCUACCUAUAAUUCAACAAGAGCGAGCAGAUCGGC